GUUUAACCGCGAUCGGUUAGAAGCAAAAACACCUUGAAAAAACGAACUCCGCAAUAUCGAUCGGUUUUACCGGUGUACGACGUGAAAAACUUAGGAGCCUCGUCUUUCAGUUUACGUUGAUGUACACAUAACGAUUUUAUGAUAGAGUUUCAACGUCAUUGAAAUUGUGUACACGAAUCUACAACGCUGUCACUUAUGCAAAAAUACAUAUAAAUUAUUGAAGGUAUCCAAGGUGCAAAAUCCUGGCUCGCACAUGAUAUGACUCAGUCUCGUGAGGUUCUGGCGAUGAUGGACGCGCACACAACCACAUUCGGGCGUAAAAGAGGUUGCACUAUUUCUCGGUGUGGCGCUUUCCUUCUUGGCGCAUUCUUCCUGAUCAGCUUGGUCGUCACCGGUUUGUUGGUGUACCAUUUUGCACCUUGCCUCGAGGAGAAACAGGUUCAACCAUGCACGAGUUCUGGUGGCGAUUCAUUCUUACAGAGCGGGAGGAGUCUUUCGACGGUACCAACGAAGAAGAAAUUGGAUGUCAGAUUACCAAAGACUAUCCUGCCAGAUUUGUACGAAUUAUGGCUGAUACCCUUCAUAUGGGAGGGCAACUUCACUUUUCAUGGCGAGGUAAAAAUUUUAAUAAAUGUAACAAAGGAUACAAAUAAUGUUACAUUACAUGCCGUCGACAUGAAAAUCGAUGAAGGUUUUACGAGUAUCAGGGAGUACUCAAUUAAUAAUAAGAGCACCAAAGUAAUCGGGAUCAUGGACCAGAGAAACGACACCGACAGGCAAUUUCACGUGAUUAGAACAUCGAACACGUUGAGGAAAGGCAAGCAGUACGUCGUGCAUCUCAAGUUCAUUGGCCAUCUGAACGACUAUCUGCAGGGUUUCUACAGAAGCUCGUAUACGGUUGGCAAUCAGACGAGAUGGAUUGCUACGACUCAGUUUCAACCGACGGAUGCGCGCCGUGCUUUCCCGUGUUUCGACGAACCUGCUUUGAAAGCCAAGUUCCAAAUCAGCAUAGCGCGUCCCAGGAACAUGACGUCUAUUUCGAAUAUGCCCAGAAAAGGGGAACCGAUGCCAGUGCCCGGUUUAGACACAUAUUUAUGGGAUCAUUACGAGCGUUCGGUACCGAUGUCUACGUACUUGGUGGCCUUUAUAGUUUCCGACUUUGAUGUACGGAAAUCGGAAGAUGGUAACUUUAGAGUUUGGGCGCGCCACGAUGCUAUUAAUCAAUCACAAUAUAGCUUGGAUAUUGGACCGAAAAUACUCAGAUACUACGAGGACUACUUCAGAAUCAAAUUUCCAUUGCCGAAGAUGGAUAUGGUCGCGUUACCUGAUUUCUCUGCUGGCGCCAUGGAGAAUUGGGGAUUGAUAACGUACAGAGAGACAGCGAUGUUGUAUCAAGAAGGCAUAUCGACCAGCGGUAGCAAGCAGCGAGUAGCCGUCGUGAUAGCUCAUGAGCUUGCACAUCAGUGGUUUGGAAACUUAGUGACUCCAAGUUGGUGGACGGAUCUUUGGUUGAAUGAGGGUUUCGCCAGUUAUACGGAAUACAUCGGCAUGGAUGCGGUGGAACCGACGUGGAAAGCGCUGGAACAAUUCGUCGUUCACGAUCUUCAAAAUGUAUUUAGUUUAGACGCUUUGGAAUCUUCCCAUCCUAUAUCCAUUGAAGUCGGCCAUCCGGAUGAAAUUAGUGAGAUCUUCGACAAGAUUUCUUAUGGAAAAGGUGCUUCUAUAAUAAGGAUGAUGGAUCAUUUCCUCACGACAGAAGUUUUCAAGAAGGGUUUAACUAACUAUUUAAAUGGAAAAGCGUAUCAAAGUGCCGAGCAAAAUGAUUUGUGGCUUGCUUUGACCAAACAAGCUCACAAAGACAAGGUACUUGACCCGAGCGUAACCGUAAAAGAAAUAAUGGAUACUUGGACCCUGCAAACCGGUUUUCCUGUAAUUACUGUCACACGAAACUACAACAACGGCAGCAUUACGCUGACACAGGAACGCUUUUUGCUUCGUAAUAGUGGCACGACGAUCACAUUGGACAAGUCGGAACCAUUAUGGUGGGUACCUAUCACUUAUACAAGUGAGAAGCAAUUAAACUUCAAUAAUACUCAACCCGCGAAAUGGAUGAAAGCGGAACGCACGAUUAUGCUUAACGAUGUGGAUGUGAGCCCAUCCCAAUGGGUACUUUUCAACAUUCAAGAAACGGGAUACUACAGAGUAAAUUAUGAUAGAACAAACUGGCAAAUGAUAAUCAAACAAUUAAAUAAUAAAAAUUUCAAAGAUAUCUCUACGAUUAAUCGAGCGCAGUUGAUAGAUGAUGCUCUCAAUUUGGCUAGAGCUAGCAAGCUCAACUACACCAUUGCUUUCGAUGUUACGUCUUACUUGGCCCAUGAAAUCGAGUACUUGCCUUGGAAAGCAGCUUUCAGUGCCAUGGAUUACCUCAAUGAUAUGCUAGUCAGAACACAUGGUUACGAUAAAUUUAGGUUAUACAUAUUAAAACUGCUCGACAAUGUGUACAAGGAAGUUGGCUUCGUUGAUAAAGGAGGAGAUCCUCAACUUACCGUCUUCACUCGAAUUGACGUUUUAAAUUGGGCGUGCAAUUUCGAUCACGAGGAUUGCGUUAUGAACGCCGUUCAACAAUUCAAGAAUUGGCGUAACACUCCUAAUCCAGACAUUAACAAUCCAAUUUCGCCGAAUUUGAAGAGCGUGGUUUAUUGCACGGCCAUUCGAGUAGGCGGACAGAGCGAAUGGGAAUUUGCUUGGCAACGAUACCAAGGAACUAACGUAGGAUCGGAGAAAGAUCUGCUCUUGCAGGCUUUAGCAUGCACAAGAGAGGUAUGGCUGUUGAAUCGAUUUUUAGAUUGGGCUGUCACGGAAAAUUCGGGGAUUAGGAAGCAAGACGCCACCCGAGUCUUCGGAUCGGUCGCCAAUAACAUUGUCGGGCAGCCAUUUGCAUUUGAUUACUUCAGAAACAACUGGGUGCAUCUUAGGGAAUAUUUUGGAGCAUCGCUAUCAACUGUCAAUAAUAUCGUAAAGUCAGCAACAAUAGGAAUAAAUACAAGAUACAAAUUGAAAGACUUGGUAGAGUUUGCAAAAGAACACCUGGAUGAACUUGGUACCGCAACGCGAACUAUACAACAAGCGAUAGAGCGAGCGGAAGCCAACAUACGGUGGAUCGACAACAAUCACGUGACGAUUCGUGAUUGGUUGCAGAGGAACACCGCGUAAUCGUUAAUAUCGAUAGAAAAUUAUUUUCUCUCUUUCUCUCUUGUCUAUUCGUGAGUGCAACAUAUAUGAAUUGAUUUUACGCCGGAUUUAUUUCGCAGCGCCAAAGCGGUGUGCGAAAAUUCGACUGUACACGAUAAAUUAUAAAUGCGGCACAAGAAAUGAAAUUACAAAAUAGUCUACGAAUUGGUACAAGAGUAUCAUGUGUUUUUGUAUGUAUUUGUAAAUAUGUCCAGCAUUAUUACGAUACUUAUAAUGCAGAGUGAAAUAACGCCCACAGUGUUUCGUGUUCACAUUCCUAAUUAUAUGCCGCCAAAUUACGGAGUAUAUUUUAAAUAUGGGAAAAGUGAGAUAAUAUUAUUAAUCCCCUUUUACAAUAAAUUUCGGAUCUCACAAUUGCUGCGCACACGUUACUCUAAGUCUGAAGAACUUUACCGUGAAUCCGCUGAAUACCAAGAAAGAGGAUUCUCGUGUUCGAAGUAAUAAUUAUGAGAGGUAGCAGACUUGUUGCCAAAUUCUCAAUUCUAAAGUUAUAUUUUUUCUUGACAAAACAUAUUACUGGAAAUUAAUUUAUAUUCAUGACAUAGAUUAUAGAUAAUUGUAUAUUAGGUCAAAAUAAUUAGUAGAGAAGAAGGUGAAAUUAUGGUCCAUGUAGAUAUUAUGGCCACAUGUAUUAUCUCUGUUAUUAAGCGACGAGUUCUAGUAAUUACUUAAGGAAUCAUUUGUUUAAUAGCAGUCUGUUAUGUAGUAGCUCUAAUAUGCCAGUGCGCAACAGUCGACAUUUGUUACGAGGCAUUUUUACUUUUGUGCACUUUGAAACUUUUUCAAGGUACUUUGUAGCACUUAAUUACAUACAUUUCUUCAUUGUUUUUAAACUUAAGUGUAUUACGAAUGUAUACUUGAGUGUUUUUUAUUUAACUUUCUAAUUGACUGUUCGUAUUUUGAGUUAAACAAUAGCAUAACAUUCUGUUAAUACGAUUAUCUAAGCUGGUAAUAUGGCUACAAUCAAGAUUUUCAUAUCGAAAUAAUUCUUCAAUAAAUUGAUUGUCAGUCUACAGAGCUUCAGAAACUCAUUGGAGAUAUAAUUUUAUUCUUGUUAUUUAAUGUUAAUGUUAACGUUGAACAAAGAUAAAAUGAUAUCCGUGAUGUUUCUGAAAAUAGAAAAAAAAAUUCUAAAUCAUGAUAAUUAAAAAUAUAUAAUUUUGAAAUAAAAUGUCUCUUUUUUUAAACAAAACCAAUUAGAUAUUAAAUUUAUUUUUGUGGUGGCUAUAUUAUCCCCGUUAUGUUACGUCGCUAUAUUUUUAUAAAUAAUAUUCAAUAAAUAUUUUAUAACUUUAAUUUUAUUAAACAACGUUUUGAUGAAUAUAAUCGUUAAGUUUCUACAUAAAAUAAUGAUUAUUAACAAAGUUAGUGCAUAAAAUGUAAAUGGGUGAUCAUAAUACUACCUUCUUCUCUAUAAAUAAUAAUUGUUACAAAUACUCAUGUAUAAUUAAUAGAAGUCGCGCUUUCAGCAACCAUUAUGGAACAUUGAAUAUAAUUGUAAUACAUGUUGAAAAUAACUAGAUAAUUUUUAGUCGUUCAUCAAUAAAGACAAUAAAGAGAUUUAUAUGUGGCAAACAAAUUA